AUGGAAUCCAGGGAAGCAAUCCCAUGGGCUGGGAAUUCCCGGAAAGAAGCAGAGCAUUGAACAUCCCCCGCUUCCGCAAGUCACAUGGUCUCGAUCCUUUGUACUAUAGUCAGGGAAGUAGAGACUUGUCUAUCGACCCAUGUCCUCCGGUUUUCAAAUGGCAGACUAUGGCAAGCGGGGAGUCGUUGUUUGGCUAACAUCUACCAGUGAGUCGCAGAGUGUGGUAUAUCCCCAAGUGAAGAAUUAGCAAAUUGUGAGUCGCCAGAAUUCAUUGCCACGACGUCAUACUACCUUGUGGCUAUGCUCAUGAACCCAGAUCAACACUCCGACGCUAAACUUUUCUUUGUCCAGCUUAAUAAAGAAGGAUUUGGAUUGAAGACAGCUGCUGAAUAGCUUCACUCACCUACCAUAGUCGCUUGAUAAUUUUACACCAUGUCCUGUUCAGGUAUCGCAAACACGCCGACAAUGCCAGCAUCGACAUUGUCUCUCGGUUUCUUGGAUUUGCCUCUCAGGAUUCGCAACAUCAUAUACAAUCAUGCACUCGUCAUACCCCAUCCACUUCAUAUUUUCCAGGACCCAGGUUGUUCAUUGGAGGUUUUUGCACCCGAAAGGCCCUGUUCAUGGCUUGCAUUGACCUACGUCAAUCGGCAAAUAUCAGAUGAGACCAGGAAGAUUCUGUAUAGUAUGAAUUGGUUUAUCUUCCAGGAGAUGGAGACGGCCCGGCGUCAAGGCACUCUCCUAGAAUCCUUCUUGAUCUGUAUCGGUUCCUCAAAUUCUCGGCUUCUGUCCCAUCUAUGUAUCAACUUUCCGGCCAUCGAGAGGUUACCGGGCCUUUCUUCAGAAGCAAGGCUCACAGAGGAUGGCUUGCGGAGAUUGCAGCUUCUACGACAAAGCUGUACCGGUUUGAAGACAUUGGAGAUACUCAUUUUUGGCCAAUUUGCCAACAUUCUGGUCGCAGAUCACCAGCUAAUUGAUAAAUCCUUUCGAAAUAUAAUUCUGGAGGUCGAUACGCAGAUAAGAGGAAUAACUCCCCUGGAGGCUAUUGUUGUCAGAAUAGUAUAUCCUCGCGGAACUCCAGCCGUAGUACGAGGAUAUUUACAAGGGCUUGGGUGGAUCGUCAAGUUUGGCAACGCUUGAUGUCUUUUCUUACAUCAUACAGAAUGGGUGAAAUGGAACACAGCCGCAAUCAUAAUCUAC